UUUAUAGAUGGUGUGACCGCUAUUUCUGGAAGUGUAACUGAAGUGUCUGGAGCGCCAGCUGUUUCUCUAGCAAGAUGGGCGGCGGAUCAAGUUGCUCCCAGCUACUGGAAACCCAAUUCGGAAAUAGUUAAAUGUCAUAGCUGUCCCACUAUUUUUAGCGGAACCUGUAAAAUACAUCACUGUAGAAAGUGUGGGGAGGGGUUUUGUGAUACUUGCUCAAACUACCAGAAACCUGUACCAGAGAAGGGUUGGGGUGUUCAUCCCGUUCGUGUUUGUAAACUCUGUAGUCUGGUUUGUGAUCAGGAUGUUGUUCAUAAUUCUCAUCAGACUGAACCUAAAGAAGUUCAAGUUAGAAAGGUUGGAGAAAGUGUACUGGGUACAGUUAGCAGUUUAGCUAAUACUCUGGAGAUACCGAUAUCAUUAAUCAAGGAUUCAGCUCGACCUGAAUAUUGGGUACCUGAUUCAGAAAUAAACAGCUGUGCAGUUUGUGAUAAUCCUAUUGGACCCAAAGCUCCGGUCUCACAGGUGAUAGAGCAGUGAUCCCUGGAUCCUUAU